AGUACGGAGCGGACCUGGAUGUUUGGACCGAUCCCAAUCCAUUAAGCCAAGUUCAUUGCACAAUGGCCUUCCACGACGACGAUCAUCCCCUUUUACAAAACGACCCUUUACAACAAACCUUUCCCGACGUGGCAUCCGCCGACCAUUCCUCAACUUACUACAUCUACCGCGAGCGAAAUGACCACAUGCUCAUCACCACCACCCAACAACCAAAAACCCAAAAGGCACGCCGCAAGAAGCAAAAAGAAGACCCGUCCAGCAUCCAAGACCCAAACGGCUACUUCGUCCACAGACCAUACCUGAGUUUCGCCCGUCCUCCCCGGACCCUCCGCUCCGGGGGCUCCAAGGACGGACGGACUAUAUGCCUCAUCCACAGUUACGCUGGCUGGCGGCGGUGGCGACUGCAGUUUGGGAGCGAUCUCGGGGACGCAGUUGACCCGAGGGGAGUCGUGCAGUGGCAGAGACGGAGCCAUGCCGAUAACAGCGUCAAGGCGGAUGUUGACCUAAAAGGGUACCGGGUGCGCAGUUGGCGAUUAUGGGGCGAGUCUGGGAAGGCGUACCAUCGCGAGGUCAACAGCAAGCGGAAGCAGGGGAUGUGGACCGAAGAUGAUCCUGCGAGUCAUCGACCUCUAAGAGCUACGGAGGCGUGCCUGUUGACAUGGACGGCGCCGUUCUCGAAACGGACGAGAGAAUAUGCAUUCAGCUAUGAAGGGGUUGACUUUGUUUGGAAAGGUACCAAGGACGUGCCAGAGGAUUGCAAAUUAGCAAGACGGCUGAUGCCGGUCCAUCACCUGAAGUUAGUCGCGAUCUUACCGGCCAAGCUGGCGGAGGAAGCGGAGGUGGUGGUUGGGUAUUUUAUUUGCAGUGCCAAUGAAGACGAGUACGGGACUCUCGUCAUUGAAGACUCGAAAAUCUGCGAGGUCCUCGGGAUCGAUGAGAUGUCAGAAGACAUGGAAUUGGCUCGCGCCAAGGGAGCGAUGCCGGCAAGGAUGCAUGAUAUGAUUAUGGCCACUGCUGUGUGCAUGAUCAUAGGCGAGUGGCAGAAGCGCAAGACUGCAGUGAGCGUGCUCUUUGCGCUGCUUUUUGCCGGGGCCAUGAGUCCUGCCCAUAUUUAG